AUGAAGCUGAUGGUCUACCUGUACGUCUCUGUUGUCAGGGAGCUGGCAGAGCUUCACAAGGCGGGGGUCAGCAGAGCCAGUGAGGCUCAGGAAGCGGCUCUCAGCAGAGAAACACAGGCCAAGGAUCUGCUGAGCCUGGCCCUGGAGAAGAACCAGGAGGAGGGCAGGAUGCAACAGGAGGCUCUGGCCAAUCAGGUGGCGGACCUGAGGAUGGCUCUGCAGAGGGCUGAGCAGCAGCAAGGAAGGAAGGAAGACUAUCUGAGGGAGGAGAUCAGUGAGCUGCAGCAGAGGCUUCAGGAGGCAGAGACCAGGAACCAGGAGCUCAGCCAGAGUGUUACCUCGGCAACGCGGCCCCUUCUGCGACAGAUUGAGAACUUGCAGGCCUCCUUAGGCGGACAGACUGCAUCCUGGGAGAAACUGGAGAAGAGCAUCUCUGAUAGGCUAGCGGAUGCCCAGGCGCAGCUGGCCGUUGCGGUGGAGAGGGAGCGGUCGGCGAGUGAAGAGCUCCUGUCCAUCAGGUCCCAGCAGGCCUCUCUGGAGUCACAGAUCUCCCUGUUCCGCCAGGAGAAGGCCCGGCUCCUCGCACAGCUGGAGGCUGAGAAGAACAAGAGAGAGAAACUGGAGGAUGAGAGCACUAGGGAGCAUGUUGAUUUAGAAAAUCUGCGAGGAGAGCACAACCGCAUGCUAGAAGAAACCAAGAAAGAAAAGCUGCUGCUGACCAAUCAGUUAGAGAUGGAGAGGAUGAAGGUGGAGCAAGAGAAGAAGAAAUGCUACUUGGCUAAUGAAGCUCUCAGGGAAAAGGAGAGGAAGACCAUGAAUCACUCUGUAGGAGAGCCCCCGGCGUCCUCCACACCCUCCCUGUCUCGCUCCAGCUCCAUCAGUGUGCCGGACAACGCUGCUCUACACUCCUCUAUUCUUUCCCAGGAGGACCUUUUAGACCACUCUCUUAGUAACAUGACCAUGUCCAUGUCGAUGAGCGGGACCAACCUGUACGAGGCCGCCCGGCUGUCGGGGGGCUCCAGCAUCAUGGAGAACCUGCAGUCUCAGCUCAAACUCAGAGAAGGAGAGAUCGCUCAGCUGCAGAUUGAGAUCUCCAGUCUAGAGAGGAGUCGUUCUGUGAUGGCAGAAGAGCUGGUCCGACUGACCAAUCAGACCGAUGAGAUGGAUGAGAUGGUGAAGGAGAUUCCCACGUUGAAAGUCCAUCUCAAGGAUCUGCAGCAGAGGCACAACACCAUCCUGCAGAUGUACGGAGAAAAAGCCGAAGAGGCAGAGGAGCUGAGGCUGGACCUGAUAGACGUGAAGAACAUGUACAAAUGCCAGAUAGACGAACUUCUGAAGAACCAGAAAUAAACUUUGACUGUUCUUGUGUCGAUUCUGGGACACUAUCAACAAACCAAUCAACCAACAUAGCCACACAUGCAGUCCCAAAGACAGAUAAUUUAAGUUUAAUCACUGUGUCAAAGGAAAGUUCUUUUAUCUUUAUCUCUUAUUUUAUUUUAAAGGAACAUAUUUAAGCGGGGGUGUUGGGAUUUUGCAUUACAUACAAUAUAUUAUUACAGAACCAGUAUGAAGGAUACCAUUUAAAGUCUUUGGGAUCUUUAGAAAUCAUUUCUCAUGAUUAAACCUUUUACAUAGUAGCUUAUAGACAGUUUCCUACAGACUGUACGAGAUGGUUUAAGUUUUUUGCACUAUAAAAUUCCUCCUUCUUUAUUUCUUGAUUUAAAAUAGUUGAAGAAAUAUAUAAAAAUAUUGUACAGAGACCUUUAUGUAUUGUUCUUGACUCCUUGCAAAUCACAACAUGUGCUGUAGACCUGAGAGUGGUCCACGAUUGAAAUCCUGAAAAUUGGAUUCUACAGCUUAUAUAUAUGUAAAUUAAUAAACAUUUAUCUGGGUGGU